AGAGAGAGAGAGAGAGCGAGGAAAAGGCGUUUCCAUCCACGACCCGGCGAGACAGUCGGCACGCAGAGGAGCAGUUUAGCGAAGCGGCGUCUUCAGCGCAGGAUCUGGAAAACUGAGUUUAAUCCAUUUCUCAUUUGCGUUUGACUUUGGAUGUGGAUGACACCAAACCCAUCAUCCCCGGUCGCGUUACUCCCGGCAGCCGCCGAGCUCUAGAAACUCACACCAAGACUUCAGCCAGCACACUUUUUGUUGUUGUGGGGUUUUUGUUUUUGUUUUUUUGUUUUUUGCAACACGACUGCCCUCCCUUUUUUUUGUUGAUCAAAUCUACUUUCAAAAAUACUGUUUUUGAAGAUACAGAUACCACCCAUACUCGACUCGGCGCAUCUCUCUCCCUCUACAGCUGACUCGUUUUUCUGCACCCGGGGUCGCCGUCAAGAGGACGCUCAUUGGCUCACAAUACUUCUCCCAGGACAGCAGGAGCAGUCUAUCUGACUAUGGCGGAGUACAGCUCUCUGCUCAGCGACCUGUCUGAGAACAUCACCAAUGAGGACCUGGAGCAGCUCAAGUCGGCCUGCAAGGAGGACAUCCCAGAGGACCAGAGCAACAACAUCACCUCCUCCAAGGAGUGGUUCAACUACCUGGAGAAGAAUGACAAGCUGGCCCAGGAUAACCUCUCCUACAUCGAGCACAUCUUCGAAAUUUCACGGCGACCAGAUCUGCUGACGAGGGUGAUCGAGUACCGCACCACCGUGCUCAAGAUCUCAGAGGACGAUGAGAUCGACACCAAGUUGACACGCAUCCCCUCGGCCAAGAAAUACAAAGACAUCAUCCGCCAACCCUCUGAAGAUGAGAUCAUCAAGUUGGCCCCUCCACCUAAAAAGGUGUGAGGCUCUGACCCCCCCCCCCCCGCCCCUCACCUUUGCACCUUGACCUUUCCACCCCUGGCACUCUAAUCAACCAACCAACCGUCUCAGCCUACACCCAUCGCCCUCUCAGCCCUCAGCCACGCCCCCCCCCGUAAACUAACACAUGCCACGAUCCAGAACUGCAAGCAGCCAUCCAGCCAAACAACCAAUCAGAACGCAGCGAUGCAGUGAGCUUUGAAGAAAAAUGACAUUUGAGAACGAUACGCAGACAGACAGCCUGAGUGAAGGAGAAGAGGAGAGCCGAAGUCUGUCCUCCUUUCACAAGCUGAGUGUGGCCAUCAUUCGGUUCAAAAAGCCCAUGACCUUUGACACUAUUCAAUCUGGCAAUGCAUUGUUUACUUGAGUACGUUAACAUGAAUGCUUAUGCAUUUAUAGUUGUCCCAGUUUUAUCUUUGUGUGUGUGUGUGGGUGCGCGAGUGUGCACAAACUAUGGUCAUGAUUAUUUUGGGAGACUAAAACAAAACUAUGAUUUCAGCAACGUGAAACAUAGAAACUCAGCAGGAUGAAAACAAUGACUAAAAUUAUAAUCUGCACCCAGCACUAACCAAAAUAAAAUGGAUGUUACAAAUUGGUUUAUUUUUAUGUCAAAACAAGACGGGGACAUGGAAGGAAUCUCUCUAGUACACUAUAAUAUACUUAUCCGUCACCUCUACAUUAACGCAUACUGUGACUGUAGAAGGUUAUUCAGCAGUGCUUUGUGUUAACCCUGGAUGAAACGCACACGUAAAUCCAAAAUCAAAACAAAUGGUCAAAUUAAAAUCCAGAUUUGAAAAGAAGCGUAGAGACUGAUCUUAUGAAGGAAAGUGUCGUAACCCAAGCUCGGGAUCCUAUUAACUGGCGUGCGUGACCAUGGGUACGACUGAAUCGUUUAUCUCUCGUAUACUGUACUUAAUGUGCGCUAUCCGGCGUUGCUAAAGGAAAAAGAAAACGCGGUUAUCAGUUUACCACCCUGCUUGCAUCAUUCAGUAUCCCCCCUGUCUUCUGGCCAAAUCCUCAGUAGUACUGUGUCUCUGCCAGCCUAUCCUGAAGUCAAACUGAAACGCCGCCAUCCUUCAUCCAGAUAUUUACACGCCAUGGCACCCGGAAUGGGCGUCUCUUUCCCUUUACUCGGAUAACUGCAAAUGCUAAAAAGAUGCUCAAAGUUGAAUUUCUUAUGAAAAGCCAGUGUUUGCCUUCAGCGGACAGUCUUCGAGAUAAAAGUAGAUAAAAUGCUUUUAAGGAAAAGUGUUUAUGUAGUCGCCAUACUUGCGUAGUCCCACGCUGCAGUUACCGUUGGGUUAAUUUGUCUACUUUGAAAGGUCUUUCCCUCUUUCUGUGUUUUCCUCUUGCAACGGGGACUGCUUAAUCUGAAAAGGAGAGUCUGUUUGCUUAACUACCGUGGCCAGAUGUGUAUAUAUACAAUUAAUAUAUUCCAAGAAACGUACUGAAAAAAAUAUAUAUCAACCCAUACUGUACGUUCCAUAGAGAACACCGGUCUGAAUCUACCAGGCACGUUCAACUAAUCUGAUGAAUUUUUGCCGUAAUCUCAGACUUUGCCAGACUUCAUCAUCAAAAUCUUGUUUUGAUCAUGAAUAUAUCCAGUGACCUUACAUUAAAAAAAAACAUUUUAAGGACAAUAUGGAAAAGAGACAACUUUGAGCACUAUAUAAAGUACAUAUCUUUUGGACAAUGUAAAAUUAGAAAACGCCAAACUUUUAUUUUGAUAAGAUGCAUAUAAUGGGAACUUUGUUUACUUUGGAAAAAUGCUGUCGUAUGCGAGUCAAACGUAAAAUGGAUGAACAUUAAACCUGCUAUGGCCCCCCCCACAUCAUUUUGUUGUACGGAACAUAACGGACCAAUCAAUGGCCUUCACAGCAGGGAGGGGGGCGGGACUAACGCCUCAAAGAUCAGGAAGUGAGAAAACGGUGGAAACAAAACAAAUGUGUGAUAAUAAAACAUAUCCUUUAACAUACUGUGCAUACAGUAGAUCUAUGUGUGGCUUCCAACGCCCAUGUCAGAAGCAUUUUGUUGUUUGUUUUAUAUAAAUAUAUAUUUCUGAAUUCACUGAUGCAAGGAGCGGUUCUGUCAUCCCUAGUCACCAAACACCCAAAUAAUCGCAAAUAAGACUGUUGAAAUUAAUCAAUAAUAACUGCUAUUUGAACACUGUGCCCCCCCGCGAUAAGGCCUUGGUAGACUUUUUUUUUGUGAGAAACUGCUUGUUAAUUGGUCUUGAUAGCAAUGGCGGUCAAUCAAAAGGACCAGAGAGAGAGAGACAGAGAGAGAGCGUUGCGCUGUUAUUUGGAAAUUCACUUUAGGACUUUGGUGUUGGCAUGUAAAGCGUGUCUGUGGAUCUGUUUCGGAGUAAUUCCAUGUCAUCUGCCAAUCUGAGGGAUCUAAAAAUCUCAGCAGUUUAAAAGAAAAUCCCUACGAUCAACCAUGUUGCUCCAAUAAUCUUUUUAAAUGCACCCCCCCCCACCAACACCACCACCACCACCACCUCCGAUGCAACACCCACUUUCCACCCUAACCCCAGUGCCAAUGACUAAGACUUUUUUGCUCGCCAUGUAUUGUGGCGUUAUACUUACUUGUAUACCCUAUGCAUUCGCAUUUGUUUCGUGUCCUGUCCUCCCAGACCACUGUAUCGAACGAACACAAGAGUCGAGCUGCAGCAGAUCGGACUGUGUUGCUAAGUUGAAGGUUGUGCAAAACGUCCUACGACUCUUGCUCGACUUUGUGGAGGGCGAAGCGGCGCCGAUUCAAUCUGAAAAGAGCGGGAACUGAUUCAGGAGAGAAAAACGAUGGGCCUCGUGUAUGAAAUGUUUCGACUCACCCAUUAGAUACAUCAGCUCCUCUAGUUUAUCUCACGGAGAAGACGCUGAGCUCGGGUAAAUCUGAAUCUUAAGACACCAACUGGCUGACUGACGCCGAUGUCUACGCAAGCCUGGUUGAACGCUUGUAGCAAGCCGCAGACGAUGUCAGGGAGAGGGAAUUCCAAAUACCCGUCAUGCUUUGCUGGCUGUCUGUAAGACAAAUUUAAGGGUUAAGAAAUUCCCUGAGCGUGUAAGAACAAAUGUGUGUAUGAGAACGUUUCAUAAACGAGGCCCAAUGUUCUUUGCUCAGUUUUGAGUAAUUACAACUGGGUUGUCUGAAGGUUUCUGGCUGUUUGGAAAGAAAAGAUCUUGGGGAAGCUAGAUAAAAGAUAAUAUCCACAGAUCAAGUUUACCUUCAGACCAAUGAGCAUCUCAUAGAUUGUUACAUUUUUGUGUUGUUUUGUUUUGUUUUUAAAUUUUUCAAAAAGUAUAUAUCCUAUUUGGUCAAGAGGCUCUCAUAGCUGCCCCAUGUGUUACUGGACCUCUCACUCCGACUUGAAAAGCCAGAACAGUCCUUGCUAAGUCGGAGCCCGUAAAGUGAAGCGGUGGCUGCCCUCGAGGCCCGAGUCUGUUGAACACAAGGUGGGACCACUUAUUAUUUUUUAAACAGAGUUUCAUCAGGCAACGGGAGGCAGUUUUUCUUACCGCUAUGACCUGUGGGUAAUGGUGUUGCGUUAGCGGGGAUCGUGUUGACAGGGGUUUUGCUUGUCGGUCAUUAAUACUGGAUUGGCCAAGUCUUGCCACUCACUCAAUCCAAUUAAGAGGUGUACUGGUUCAACGAACGGCAAAAUCAAUGUUUUUAUCUUAUCAUCCCCCCUGUAGUUUCAGCAUGAGAGUAGACUAUUAUAAAAACAUGUUCAAGGGAGGAUUUGAGUUGUAGUUUAUAUUUUUCCCCACUUUUUUUUAAAUUUAAAGUGCAUUUAGCAAAGCAACUAGUGACAUUGAGUGUUUGUGACCAAGUGACUUUGUUAGUCAAAACCCCGGUAGAGGAUGUACUAUCAUUUUAGUAAUUUUGUGCUAGAUUUUCACUAUUUGACAAGGUUGUCCAUGAAUAUUCAUAAGUGUCACCUGUGUAAUGCUGCCUGAUGCCCUCGACGCUCUUGGUUAAUGCUUCCCCUGGGUUAUUGUCCAAGAAGACACUUGCAUCUGAUUGUCGACUGGGUCGUCUGUUAGCCAUGUAUGUCCAUAUUGUUGGGAUUCAAACUGUGCUCGCGAGUCAAACGUGGCGUGAAAUAUUUACCUUUUGAGUAUGAUAGACCCCCCCUCCCAUAUUUUUUAAGCUAUUUAUUUAUUUUUCAAACUGCAGUCUCAUGAGAUCACUUUCCACUCCCUGCUAUUACAAAUGGUCUUUUCCAACCCAUGGUAACUUUACCAUUUUGACUUUUACCGUGCUGACAACUCUUUGCUGACAUUUCUACAUACAGGUACAUGUACUGUAGAAGGUCCAACUGCAAUGCCCGACAGCAUAUGGUUUUGCAACGGAGCAGUUCAAGACAAAUUGUGUUUUGCAUUGCUUAUUAUUUAUCCGGGGCUGACUGGCACCUAUUUUAUUGACAUAUCAGUCACAAAUGAUGUCAAAUUUGGAUUUCCACGUACAGAGUACAUAUCAACUUAGUAAAUGCUGCGAAAGUAUAAAACUAAAACUAGACAUAUUUACGAUGAAUAUCUUGAUUAUGACCGAGACAUGUAGUUACGCAUAAAAUUGAGAUGCAUAUGUUGUGUGAAGAUAUUUAGCAUGACAAAGCUUACAGUCAAUUAAUCAUCUUUCCUCGAGGAAUACCUGUGUGUGACUUAUUCGACGUUAUUCUUUUUCUGACUUAGGUUGUACAUAUGUAUUGUGAAUAUAUAUGAACGUGUUUGUUUUGCGGUUGAGUAAUUUAUUUAAUGCCUAUUAUACUGUUGCUUUUACGUAUCCCGAUUAUUUUUACUAACUGGACAGAAGUCAUGGGGCUGACCAUGUAUUGCGUAUCUCGUGUUAAACCGGUAAUAUAGAUAUCACAAAUCACCACUGUUAUAUUUUAUCUGUCUAUAUUCUUUCACCUUUUACCGUUUUGAGGUUUGGAACAAUGGUUUUUAAAUGAAAAAAAAUAAUAAUACAAGUGAAUAUGAACUUUAAUUCCAUUAUGUUAUUACUUACUGUAUAUGUAACAUAUUAUCACGUUUUUAUUGUGUUUUACUUUGUCGUAUGUGUCAUACGUAUCAUGUUGAUCUCUUGUGUAACAAUUUUUUCCACAAAGUUUCCAAAUCACGACGAACGAAAUGACUGAAUGCUAACCUGCCGUUCAGCAUGCUAAACACUGUUGUUGGGACGUCUGACCAAAAACAGGAAGUUCAAAUAGUCUUAAAGUGACAGCGACGGUGUGCACGGGGUGAUCGGCUCUUUGGUAUCACGUAAGAAAUAUAUUCAGUGUAAAAAACAAAAAAAAAAACAACCCACUAUUUAAGGGACGUCCGAGUAGCGUAGCGGUCUAUUCCGUUGCCUACCAACACGGGGAUCGCCGGUUCAAAUCCCCGUGUUAUCUCCGGCUUGGUCAGGCGUCCCUACAGAUACAAUUGGCCGUGUCUGCGGGUGGGAAGCCGGAUGUGGGUAUGUGUCCUGGUCGCUGCACCAGCGCCUCCUCUGGUCGGUCGGGGCGCUUGUUCGGAGGGGGGAGGUGGAACUGGGGGGAAUAGCGUGAUCCUCCCACGCGCUACGUCCCCCUGGUGAAACCCCUCACUGUCAGGGGAAAAGAAGCGGCUGGCGACUCCACAUGUAUCAGAGGAGGCAUGUGGUAGUCUGCAGCCCUUCCCGGACUGGCAGAGGGGGUGGAGCAGCGACCGAGAAGGCUUGGAGGAGUGGGGUAAUUGGCUAGAUACAAAUGGGGAGAAAGGGGGGGAAAAAUUUUUUAAAAUAAAAAAAAUUCAAGAUCUGAUCAUCUGUGUAGAUGGAAAGGUGACUGGAGUUGCUGGUUACUGGUUUUUAUAUCGCAGUACUUUUAAUACCAAAUUCUUACCAGUAUUUUCCAUAGCUCUGUUGUUGUUCUCUGUAAAUUACCUAGCUAAUUGAGGGCCACAGGGUAUAAGUGUAAAACAGAAAAAGAACUGUGCAGUUAAACCCUCAGUUUAACUUUACUCCUUACAGUCAUUAUACGGUUACUCAUUUCAUUUUGCAUUACUUUAUUUUAGCUGUAGUUCUGGCUAUAUAUAUAUAGAGAGAGAGAUGGUGCUGAGUAGGUAAGAGGCACAUGGAUUGGGAGACGGUAUUAAAAGAAAAAAGGCAAAUUCUGCCAGUGCUGGUUAGAGUAGUGAGAUGGUGAGAAAUAGUUUGUAGAAAGGUGGGUAAGGGUCGGGAGUAGAUGGUAAAGAAACAAUUAGAGAUGUGACCUGGAAUGCCCUUAAGAAGUCGAUGGCAUUCGACUGGGAAACAUCCGUCAAGCUAGUCUAGCUACGUAGUGCAUUGAAUGUGGCAGGUCUUGCACAGAUUGCUGUACAAUGUUGACAUAUUGUGAUGUUGAAAGGCUUAUGUAGCGUCUACGGUUGGGGAAAUCAUGUGAGGAUGCUGACUGUCUUAAAAGUUUGAGCAACUUUUUUUUCUUUCCCAGAGAUUUGUGGCGGUUAUUUUUCUCAUUUUUCGGCGCUUUGCCUCUGUACCUUUUAACCAUUAGAGGGAGAGUGUGAUAUAAUGCAAAAUGAGUUACACGAGUUCCUUGAAAAAUUGUGCACAAACUUGUUAACCAGAGCUACUUACCUUUCUAAAACUAGAUAGAAAAAAAAAAGUUACGUUUUAUUUCUGCUUUUCUUUUGCAAAGGGGAGGGGUCGAAGUUUACAUUUUAUCGUUUUCGUGCGUGAAGAAGAUGUCAUUGUUUGAAAAUUGAGCUUCGACAACGUAAGCAAAACACAAGUCAGGUCGGAUUACACUUAACUGAAGAAUGUAGUCACACAGAGAAAGAGAGAGAGAGCGAGAAAAAGAAAGAGAGAGAGAGCAACAGACACUGGGGAGUGUCUGUGCCUCCUUGACCUUGAGAUAGGAGCAGCUCCCUCGUGUUACCCCCCUUCUGCCCAAAGUCCAAACAAGUGCACAGUCUUAUUUUGGGGGAAGCAGUGGUCUCAACACCCCACACGGUGUGGACUGCUGGAGGUCAGAGAGCCGUUUAUUCCACAACACACGUGAACAACACGUUCUUUAACAAUACAUCAGCAACCCCUGUCCGCCUGCGGCCUUUUUUGUCGGGCAAUGAGGGUUUCUCACGCCGAGAUGUGGCCCCUCUUUUAAAGACGUGCUGACCUCCUUCUGUCCUGCUGCACCUCUCCUCCUCCAUCUUUUGGCCGGUUUUGUUUUUUUGCAGCCCCUGGACUUUAUUCGCCAGAUAAUUUGUAAAGGCGCAAUUUAUAUUCCAGGGUGCAUCAUACGCAUGUGAGGUUCGGCGAUACACAGUAAUAACAACGGGGGUAAAACGAUAUAUUAAAAAAAAAAAGUGCCAACUUUUAUUUCAAGUAACUGCUGGGGGGGGAGAUGAAUCCAUGAUAUGCUUGACAUUGGGGAAUCUCUAAUGGUAUGUGUAUUGAACAAUCUGUAUUUUAGAUGGUCAAAGGAGGUUUUGCCUUUAGGUCUAAAGUGUGUGGGGCUUUCUUGCAGUAGUUAAGACUGUAGAGGCCAUUUUGAAGUGUUGUGUUUUCAUUGGUCAGUCUGGUUAAUUUGAUCAUUGUAACUGCAGUGGUGUGAUUUGUCACUGUUAGGUAUGGCGUAAAGUUUAAAAAUAAAAACAUUCCUGUGCUUUGGUUUCAAGGUAGUCUAGUCACUAGGCAUCUAACAGUUAGGCUUAGCAUGAUGGAAACGCGUAGGUUUCCAUCAUGCUAAGGAUUUUUACAACAGUGUCAAGAGGACAUUGAAGGUGUUUGAUUCCAAAAAAAGACAUGCAAGAUUUUGACAUUUAAAUUUAACCACAGCAUUAUAUCAAUAGAAGUAUGAGAAUGGGUUACUGUUAGAAGUUAGGAGCCAUUUUGGGACCUUUCCUGACACAUGACUUCAGACCUUGAGGGUUCCCUCUUUGAAAUGUUGCCUUUUGUUUGCCUCCCUCAAUAUUUGUGUGUUGUUUUGGAAGGAAACCUCUCAUUUUUGGCCUCUUGACAUAGCUAAAUUUACAUGUAAUGGUGGUGAAUGACUUGGCAAUUCUUCUGGCCAGUGAAGGUGAGAAACGUUUCCCACUUCCAGAAGGAAGUGAGACGUAUUGCUAAAACCCAUGCAAGUUCUUCCUGGCAACGUGACUUUUCAUAUUUGAUUGACACAACAUAUCUGAGCUAACUUCGUUGACACUGUUGUCCGCUGAGGUGGCCAAAGAUUUGCCUUGUAAAUCACUUGCCAUGAGGCACAUCAGUGGAUUGUUAUCUCUCCAGUCCCCUGCCUAUUUAUGUAAUGUAACAGUUGGCAAAGUUUAUUCUUGUCCAUCGUGUGAUGUACAUACAUUUCAAUUUGGGUUAAGAUGGGAAAAAAAAAAGGACAUGCAAAAGGGUGGUUGGGGUGUGACACGUCCAUCGCGCGGGAAGUGUCAUCACCAUAUCCCAUUUUAAGUUAAUUACAUACAUAAUGUAACCCCACAUUGGAUGCUAUGGGCUCAAUGCUGUUAAAAAACCUUUGCCAAGGUUUUUCUUUAAUGGGAUGAGAAUACUUUCAAGAUUUAUUUUGCAAUGACUGCAACAAUAUAUGGUUUUAGCAUCUGUUAUUGUCAAGCAAAUACCUACAGGUGUUGCUUUUUUGUCACGAUUUAAAUGAGACUGAACUGAAAUGAUGCCGUUUUGUCAUUGUGCUAAAAUGAAUAUAAAUAUAUUAUAUAUUAAAAUAUAUUUGCUAACCAA